CGGCGCGCGCGGCAGAGACUGUAUACUGCGCCACCGCCGCCGCUACAGUUCGCUGCCUCGACGGUUGGCUGGCCGCAGUCAGUACCUGGCCGACCGUCGCGCGCUGAGCUACUGCGCCAUCUCCGUGCGCUCUCGACUCUCCGCUCGCGCUGGUACGCGACGUGAUAUUAUCUAUUAUUUACCCAUCUGUUAUGUACUUUGUUCAUCGUCAGCAUCAGUGUCCGGUUCUCCGUGCGCGAAUGUAACGCGAAAUGAGAGCGCCGCCCUAACCCUAAAAUCAAAGGGCAAAAGGGCAACCGUCGCGAGUCAACCGUGUACUUACUCGCAGAGAAGCGCGACGAAGGAGGUGUUUACGAGGACGCGACACUGGGUGCAGCGAACGCUCUCGGCUACUGUCGGCGGCAGGCCGCCGCGGCUAGCUGCUGCUGGCGCAGGUUGAUCCGGGAACUGCGCCGAGUACAGCUGCCCCUGCUCUGCGAACUGAUGCGCAGCGACCACAGAUUCGCCGGCAGCUAUCGGCUCAUCUGACGAUCAACAAGUGUGUCUUUUUUUCGUGGAGUAUAUUCUUAGUAUAUAACGUUGUCGUGUGUGAGAGUGCGCGGUGUGUGAGGGUGAAGUUGUUGUUGCACGUAGUGGAGGAAGCGUCGAAGGAGUGAAGCGACUAACGGAGGGACUUUGUUUACCGAGAGCUCGUCAUCAGCCAUCAGCACUACACCACAGGCCAUGGCAUCGAGCCGUUAUGUUACGACGCGUCCAUCCAAGGGCGCGCCGAAGAAGCUUUCCCCUUUGGCUUCUUGGUGCGAGAGCAGCUAACACGAGUCCGAUAAACUGAGUCCCCGAAUUCAGCACCAUUAGCGCAACGACGAGAAAACGCAAAGGAGGCGGCGGAGGAGACGACAAGAUGUUGCCGCGAAAGGAGGGCCACUACGAGCCCUACGCGCUCGAGGACAUGAUAUCGAGUUUGCAAACUCGCGGCGCUUCGAUCGAGGAUCUCAGCGAGGACCCGAUGGAGCUGCUGAGACAGCGAGAACGAGACCUGGUGCUCGCUGCCGAGCUCGGGAAAGCUCUGCUCGAGAGGAACCAGGAACUCACCAGGCAGAGCGAACAGCUGGCCGAGAACUACGCCAACAAAGUCGAGGGCCUAGAGCAAGAGCGACACCUGCUGCGUCGAAAGCUCGAGGAAGCUCGCGGCGAGUCGGAAGCUCGAGCUUUGGAGCUUCAAGCGGACCUGGAAUCCUUACGAAGUCAGCUGGACGAGCAGAGCGAACGAGCGAGACGAGCCGAACGCGAUCAAGCCAGUCUCGUAACCGAACUCACCUCGCAAAAUGCCAGGCUGGCCGAUCAGCUGAGGGAAGCCGCUAAACAGGAGGAACAGCUGCUCAUCGAGCUCAAGCUCCUCAGGGAGAAGUGCGCGAUCAGGAAUACCACCUUACAGGAUCACGUCAGCAGUUUGGAGGUUCUAAAGGAUGAGGUGCAGCUGGUGUCGGCUCAGCGGACCGAGCUGGAGAGGCGUUCCCUGGAGCUCCGAGAAGAACGCGCCCGAGCGAUCGCAGCCCUCGAGGAGGCCGAGGAACGAGCGACGGCCUUGGAACGGCUCGGACACGAAGCCGAGAGACGCGCCAUCGUCGCUGAGCGUGAAAGGGACGAGUUGGCAGCUGCGUUGGCCGCGAUCGAGAGCAGCACGACGAGGAGUUCGAGCACCAGCACCUCGACGCCACGGAGGCACGCGCCGCGAUCGCUUCAGGCGGAGAUGGAGUGCGAGGAAAGCGGAGCCUCGUCCCUUGGCGCCGAGCAACAGGAGCAAGAGCUCAGGCAGGAAGUCGGACGGGCGUGUCGCAGACUCAAGGAGCUGUCGAGCCACCUGAGAAGAGGAGAGGACGAUUCCGGACUGCAGAGCGACUGCGACGAGUCGAUGCUCGUGCUGAAUAACAGCAGCGAGUCGGAGAUCAACUGCUGUCCAGGAGCGCUGUCAGACCUGGUCGAGGAAGUAUUCGGCCUAGCUCUAGCCGGGGUGAGAGGCGGUCCAGGCGAACUCGGUCUGGCGGUCGAGUUGCACCGGGUCAAGGAGGAGCUCGAACAGACCAAGGAUCAGCUGAGGCAAACGCAGGACGAGCUCAAACGCCGCGGCGAAACCCUCGUCGAGUCGGCCAGCAAGCUCAAGGUUUGCGAGGCAGAACUGCAGGGUGCGCGAGAGGAACGUGACAGAGCUCGAAACGAUAUCGAGCAUUCGCAGCUUUCCAAGGACGAGGUCCUCGCACAGGCUCUCCAGACGAGAGACCAAGCGGUGGCGAGGAAAAACAAGGUCGAAGUCGAGCUUGCCCGAACGCGAAUCGACAUGCUCCAGAUAAACAGCCAACUGAUGGAGGCCAUCCAGCAGAAGAUCGAGCUGAGCGAGCAGCUCGAGCAGUGGCAAAUGGACAUGCAGACGCUGCUGGACGAACACGUGCGCAGCAAGCUGGCCCCUGUGCAGCAUGCUUCCCCGGCCAACAGCGAAGGAGCGGAUGGUGUUGUCGCGCCGGCGCGCAGGAAACGCACCACCGCAAGCUCGAAAAAGAGAUUUGGGAUUUUCUGAUACUUCAAGUUUUAAGGGAAAUUUAUUGGACUACCGUGACAAAAUGUGCAAUGUUCCCGUACCCUUCUUAAAGACUCGUACACGCGGCCUUUGUAAAUUAGAUUUUGAGAGGAGAUGUUGGCGUUUUAAUUGCGCGACGGAGACACGAGUUCGCCAAGCGAGCUGCGCUGCGGAUUUGGCUUUUAAUGCAUUUUCGUUUUCUUUUUUUAAUGGAUUCUUGCGUGACGUACUUAUUAUACUUCUGAGUAGCAUAGCGACGAUUGUACUUAAUAGCGUGAGAGGUAUCCAUAGAGAGAAAACGGGCUGGCUGUACAAAGUUUCGUUUCGCGUUUUAAUUCCGUCCAUGAAGCCAAACGAGUGUACAGAUUUUUUCCUAAUUGCAAAAGUUUGUAAGAGACAAUACUGUAAAUGGAACAGCGGCAAGAAUCAUGUAUACGAAAUCUAUUGAACUAACGGCGAAAGAUUUACUCUAUCGGCACAAUUGUUUAAAUUUUAAAUGAGUGCCUUCUGAAUUCGAUAUCUUUUUUUAAGAUAUGGAUUGUACUUAAAUUAUUGAAUUUCUGUUGAGAGAAAAAAAUGUAUAAUACUUAAUUAUUAAACUUUCUAAGUGUAUUUAUUUAAGAGAAUGCUGAUUUUGAAUAAUAAAAAUUUAAUUCAAAUACCAAGACUCUAAUUUUUGCGCUCUAGUAAUUAAUCUUCAUUGAUUAAUAUUUUGUUAUAGGAGGGAGAAAUGAAAUGGAUAAUACACAAUAAUAUUCUUCCAAUUCAAAAGAUACAAAAAGCAGAAAGAUAUUUUUAUUCCGUAAAAAGUGGUAAUUAACAAAUAUUAAAAUCUUGUAAAAAACUAUGGAUACAAAAUACGAAAUUAUUACGUAAGAUGAUUAAUAUACGAUCCAAGAAAUGAUCAGUACGAUUGAUAAGAAAAAGAAUAAAAUUACUUUGGAGCGAGCGUUUGUUUCAUCAGUCAAAAGUAUCUCAUUAUUUUCGUCCGUAUUGUUCGAUGGUUGUAGCAUUUUUUGGGCGUGAAUAUUAUUUAUUUUUUCUAAAUAUUGAACUGAUUGAAUAGGUAAAUCCUGAUUGUUUACUGCACUUUUGUACUCAGGUACGAGUGUACCGUUUACGAAGUCGAAAAUGUUGUAAAGUUUAAAAAUUGAUUUGUAGUAAAAUCUCUGAAAGAAAAA